GCAAGGGAGGAGAUGGCUACUUACAAGGUUGCCGAUGUCCUCGAAACCGCGGCCUCGCCUGGCCCGGCUGGAAUGUGCUGAGAUUAAAUCAGGCUCGCUGUCUUUCAUCUGCCAUCAUGAAGCCCAUGUCUCACUUCAUCACGUCUCAUCUUGCCUGUCGGCAAUGCGGUCUAGAAUGGGGACGGGCGAUAAUCAGGUUAUUCGCACUCCAUGGCUCCCCAUGAUCUCCUUCCACGGCCCUCUACGAUCGCACCAAUAUGAGUGAUAGCGACUCGGCAAAAUAGCUUCACGAAUGUGUGCGGCCUUAUUUCAUGUCAAGUCGGCGGUAGCUGUUGAAUUGCUGUGCCCUAGAGAAUUAUGCCGUUCCUUCCACGAACCAUUUUUUAUUAUACGUGGUCAAUCAUUGUCACCAUACAAUGUUCUUAUCUUGGCUCACUCGGCAUGACAAGUCACUUCAGGUGAGCCGAGACAAAUCGACCGGGCCGGCGAACUGCCACCCUGCCGAUCAAAAAUCGGACUUGGACGGAACAUGAAGUACCCGUGUAAAAAUCAUUGGGAAUUUAUCUGCCUACCAAAGCCUCUACAUAUAACCAAAAUGGUCAAUGGCGCUGAAACGCCUGCAGCAGACAAGUACCCUUUCUUCACUUGCGGAGACAUCAAGCUAUGCGCCCAGAGCGUUCAAGAGACUGCAUUACCUACUGGCUAGACACAGAGUCGCCUGCUCUAAGUUUAGCAUUGCUCAUAAUGCGGCCUGUCUAUUCUUAUUCUGCUGUCUGACAAUCUUUGCUUUGCCGUCGACCCACAAACUAUCACCUGGUUAUCCUCAUCAAUAAUAUAUGUAGUGAGCAGAGUCAAGUCUUGAUGGAAAGACGAGGCCGCUGUUGCAUUUUGUCGUUGCUUCAGUAAUCACCCCUUCGACCGACCUGCCACCGUACAAGAUGCCAAAUCGGGAUGCACGACGAAAUCCCAUCAAGCAUCCUUGGCCUAGAACUAUAGCCAUUGUUACCAUCUUGAACGGAUAUCGACCUGUCCGGCACAAGCUCUCCUGUUUAGGCAGGCUGGCUGGUGAGGCAUCGAGCAAUAAACGGGCCUAUCAUCUUCACCGUUUGGCUGUCAACGUGGAAAAGUUCCAUGCCCCUGUCGAAUCCGUUUGCCGCCAGCACUGGCCAAACCUCUUAAAGUCAUCCGGCAUUAUUGGGCUGAACGCACACAACAGAUCUAAUCACCUAGUCUAAUUAGCAUUCAACGGUCAGAUUAAACGAUUGAGACACGAACUUGAUCAGACGGCCUGAGACUUCGAGGCUCAGACUCUCGACAUUUUGACGUUCCGGCCGUCACCGCCUCAAAAGCCAAGUUCUGUCAUGUCCAGUUGUGAACAAUCGCAAGGCAUUGAAACAAAACCAACACGGCACUCAACCUGAGCCGUAAUAGCAAAUCAGUAUCUUGUUACGCUCGUCAGAAAGCAACACAAGCCAACACGAAGGGAAUAGGCUUUCCGGGCACAUAAAGAUAGCCAUAUGUUCGCUUUGAGGCUCUUCCAGAAUUUGCAGGUUUCCAAGUCUGUUCCUGUCUGUGCCUGACUUUGCUUGUUCCUGGUUCCUGACCGAUCACGCCACUACUGCAGCUGAACAAACAACUUCCAACCUAGGUAGAUAACUCCACCUUGGACCUGGCCCACCUCCGCUUCUUGUGUCGGUACCAUAGGCGCUAGCUGGAUAGUGAACAUUUUCUUGAUACAGACCGCUCUAUCGUCUCGUACAGGAGACUCAGUGAAUGGACAAUGGUGUUUGGGGUUCACCACUGAUAUACUCACUCGACAUAUGAUUCAGGGCCCCUUUACUUGGCGCAAUCCAUCUCAUUCGUGACGACACAGUUAUCUAUGUCUUACAUGCAGAGCAUAGAAUGAGUAUCGCGAUCGCGAUGGUAUUGCAUAUGGCAUAUCUCACAAAAGCCAGACAACAGAAAAGGAAAACGAAACAAACCGCCAGAAGUCCAAGCGUUCGCUUAACCCGAGUGAGCCGUGGCCUCCGAGAAGCCAAGCGAAACCAUACCGUGAUUAACGGGCGGGAAGAGCCUAUCAGCGGGACGGCACACAGUCAGAUCUUGUGGUUAGUCUUUCCCUCCCUUUCUCUCUGGCCGUGAUCCUCUGAGACUAACCCUCUUCUGUCCGGUGCCGGUCUCAGAGGGUGAUUCUUCCCUCUAGCGCAACACCUUUUUUUGACGAGUCCGACUUAUCACCGGGCAAUUAAUUAAUUGAUCGGCUUCGCUUUCUCCCGCAACUCAAUUCUCCAAGCUUUGGCCAACUGCUUGCCAUCCAAUUCUCAGAGAGAGCAUCAAUUGCAUAUUGAGUCAGUCAGUCAGUCGAAAGCGACGUCAAGCAACCUUGAAGGUGCAUUGCACCCAACUGUCGACCAAAUACACCUGUCGCUGUUACGGAGUGUGUUGCCUCAUGACCUGAGAGGCUGAGCAAUGCCACUCACUUGCUGGCCGGUAUCAAGAUCGGACGCUUGGGGGGGCUUUAUGAUGAACCAUUACACCUUUAGACCCCUGUCCAUGUCCAUGUAAAGUGUGGAGAGCACAGACAGGGGUUCGCCUGGUUCAGGUCUGAGGGGUGCUGGUGAGCUUCUUUCCAUUGAAAGCUCCUACAGCAUACACCGCUUCUUCAGAAAUAGAUCUAGAGGCAGGACGAGCCCCAGUUGCUUCAGCGCGUUCGUCAGCUUGACAACCACCUGCGGACACUACUUAUGUAAAAAUGAACAGGCAAGCAUAUCGUACUGAGGUUUCGAUGAGACUAUCACCACCGUAAUACAGCUUUGAUGGAUUACGGAGCUCCUGCCAAGUCUCUCAUCCCAUAUCCCCCGAACCAUUACCACCAUGAGUUGGUUCUCUGCUGCCGUUCAGCUGGGCAUUGGCCUGUAUUGUAUGUACGGAGUACAGUAAACCCGUCCAAACAAAAAAAAAAAAAAAAAAAAAAAAAUGGGAGAAAAAAGGUGGUGGGCGACUGAGACCAUCGGUAGGCCAGAAGAGCACACCUUAACUGAAGUGGGCUGAAGAGCCAGCCACGCCCAGCCCUUUCUCACCUACCUGAUCGCAGUUCUGCUGCAAGGCACGAGCGCUCCUGAUCAUGGCAAAGUCUGUGAGGGGUAGUCUAAGUCUCUAAGAGAUGGGCAUACCUUCAAGAUUGAGGUCCAGGGUCGGCCGCUGGUUGGUCGGAUUCGACACCUAUUAGUGUUAUCCUCUGUCGCAACUUGGGCGGGGCCGGAAGAAUUUCUCAAUACAAAGUCCGCAUCUUCUGCCUCUCUGCCUCCUUGUCGUGCCAUUCGUCGUGGCCCUUUCCUCUAAUAUCAUGACGACACCAUCAGGAAAUGACUUGCAGUAGUACAAAGCUCAAGGGCCUCGGGACAGCAAUCACCCGAUCUUAUCUUUCCGUUGGUCCACGUGCGGCACGAGGCUGAGCCCGUGACAGGAUCGAGCGGGUGAGUUUGAUUACCAUGUAGUUAGUACUCCGUACGCAAGUUCAACAUCAAGUAGAAUCAUUAUGAGUGGACAGAUGGAUUUGAUAUCAAAAUGUAGGGUUGCAAUUCCCAUCAGAAUAUAUUGGAUGGAACGGUAGACGGGUCAUCUCGGUAGCUCAUCUCCCCGUCCGUCUUCGUUCCGUUGGUACAUAACUGGACGACGACCUUGGCAUCCUUAUUAUCUAUGCUAUACAUACAUAGCGGCUGUCGUGGGUAUAUAUUGAACUUGGUGUUCCCUGUCUUUCAUAUCUCACGACAUGGAAAUAACGCAACAAACCACGGUAAAGCGAUGGCCGGACUUCAAUUAAUGCUAUGUUAGUAUGAAUAUACAUAUGUUUGUAUGUACAUACAAGGGACAUACAUGACUGCAUCUUCCAGGGUCCUGCAGCUGAUGCUACCACACCUACAUACUCCGUACAUACAUCUCCAUUACAGUAAUACCAGGCAAGGGAUAUAGCCGACGAUACACAGCCGAGAGCACAUCAGCGUCAUUGCAAACCCACCCUGUGUGUGUGUGUUUCUCCUCCCCCGCCGUUUCAAACGCUAGGUUACUCCACCAUGAGAUUACAUCGUGAACGGGUCCAGACGAGACACGAGAUGGUUCUUGGUCAGGUCGGCUUUUACUAAUGUAUGUACGGUGAUCCUUCGCUUCAUCAACCUUCAGAUAAUCACUGAUUUCUAAUCUGCCCUCGACCGACGAUCCUCUUGAUACUCACGGAAGUCUCGGAUUCAAUGAGCAACGGACCCAGUGGCAGAUGAUACUUGGCAAGCCAACAACGUAUUUCAAGUGUGUGUGUGUGUGUGUGUGUGUGUAGUCUUGCAUGUAACGAACAUAUCUUGAUACACACAAACCAUGGCAUGAGUCGUGUGUUCAAGAAAGAAAGAAAGACUGCCGGCGGUACAGAGUAUGCUGCUGUACUGUACUGUCUCUGCAAAAGAUAAAAAAGACGAAUUCAAAUGCCUAUUCCAUGGCUGUGGCUGGUCUUGGCUUUUGCACGGUUGUGAGGCUGCGGCAAGCUAAACUAAGUUGGCAGGGUUCGUCGCAGGCAUCAUCCCUGCUCAAGGUGAUGAGAUGAGUCCGUCAAGAAUGUGUGGUUUAUACAUAUUUUCGGAGGCUUCUGAGAAUUUCGAUGCUUCUCAUUGUUCAAUGGAUCAUAACGGCUUUCAUUUCGAUCGUUGAGCUCUCUCCAAGAUGCAAACUCUGCAAGCACCGGAGUGGACUGCACUGCAUUGGCUUGUGUGUUUGUUGGCCAGUUCUCCACCAAUAUUUCGUUCACGGUGGCUAACUCGAGACUUGCAACUCUACUGCAGUCAAGAGGUCACGCAAGUACACCAAGGACAGACCGUUCAGGUGUCAACUCCUCCACGGGUGUCUGUCUCUUGUGUGGAAAGGGGCCCGUUUCUCCUUGCCACAAAAAGGGCUGACUCGCAUUCACGUAUCAUCUCACGGUCCAAUCCAGCAGAGACACAAAACAAUAUACCCACCGUGAAGUUGAGAGUUGUCAUUCUAUGGACCACUGCUUCUUUACCGUUACGGCCCUACUUAACCGAGUCUCUGCUACAAGACGAUGCGGCUCUUCAACAGCCCCAGCCGGGCACGAGGCACAAAAAAGACAGACAGUUCACCGGCUUAUGUGAUUAUGCAGGGAUCAUUGGACAAAUAGCAGCUGCAGAAGCCAUGAACAAGCCGUGUGCGGUGCCAGCAGAUCGUAUGUAGGAUGGCACAAACCUUGAUCGUCCUGUUAUUUCGCAUCCCAAGGCCGUGGUCAAGGUUCUUGCUUCCAUACGUUUGACGUCUUCUAGGGCUGACGCAGGGUAGAAGGCCUCAAAAGUUGGCCACAGCUGCUUGAAGGCAAUCUGUUGGUCUAUCGCCGUUCCUGAGCCGGUUCCUGGAACACAACCUAACAAGUGAGGGUCGCAAAAGUUGGCCGCAUGAAACGUGUCAUGCGAGUUCAUCCUCUUCGCGUUUCGUUUCGUUUUGUUCCGUUUUCUUUCAGUAAAUGCCACUCUUUUGUUUUUUCUUACGACUGACUAUUGACAGCCGAGUUUUGCCAGGUCAGGUCAUGCCAUGUCGUUGCUGACAGCCUGCUGCGAGCCCAACACUACCAUGACCUCAUGUGUGGCUGAUUAGUUCUCACCCAUCUUGAGCCUUUUGUGUUUCAUAUGGUUGGUUGUACAUCCAUCACGAUAUUGACUGUUUGAUAUUACAAUGCUAUCGCCGUGUAGGGUUGUAUUCUACUUCAUGCUGCAUAAAACAGACCAUGCCAAUUCUGGGGUCACUAUAUUACAUCUUUGUUUGCCUCAUAAGCCACCAACGAUGUGCACCACGUACUCUUACUCAUGCUUCGGCUAUGGGGCUCAAUCCGAGUAUAGGGUAAUCAUCGCUUGAUAUCACCCACAUCCACGGUCUUUCUUCUCUAUAAAGAUCAGAGUGAAAAUUGUGUCAUGUCACAUUGUGUUACAGUACGUUAGACGCCACUUGAUCUAGGAUUGUUCGAAGCCCGCAAUUAUUCGGAGGCGUUAAUCUGAUUCCUGUUACAUAUAAUUCCUUGUACAACUGAUCAUUGCUUGUUUUGUUUAGUGAUGAAUGACUCGUCAAGCCACGCACAAACGAUCUUCCUCCCCUUCCCCAGGCUAUUCCCGAGAGUAGUUCAAGCCACAAACCUGCAACGCCAUGAAUAAAUGUCGUCAAGCUUUAUACUUGUGUUUCAAGAGUCAAUGCUGGAUACAGUAGUAGUAAGAGGCGGUGAGUCCACUCCUUUCAAGGGUUGAUUCAUAUUCUUAAUGCAAGGUACCUAGGGUAGAUAACUCCAAAGGACAGAGCAAUUGUUUUCACAGUCAGGAACCACAGUGAAGCUUCAGGUGCAUUCUAUACAUAUGAUAACUAUCACCUCUUCCUUCAAUCUUCC